GUCGGCGCUUCCGCUUAGGUGGAGGUGCGGGAUAGGGCCAGAUCGAGAGAAGCUUUCGGCCCUGGGGAUGGAGGAUGGGGCCCUUCCCGGAGCAGCUGGCGGUGCUCGUCGUGUUGUUGGCGGCCGCGGCGCUGAUCCUGCUUUCUUUUGUUGUAUUUCUAUCUGCUACCAAAAUUCCAGACAUUUACUGGCAGAAGGAAGAGAAUUUCUUUUUAAAUGCGUCUGGCAAGAAGAAAACUUUACCUACUAUACAUGACUCACCAACUAAGCAGUUAUCCAUUGUUGUGCCUUCAUAUAAUGAAGAAAAACGGUUGCCUCUGAUGAUGGAUGAAGCUCUGGGAUAUCUAGAUAUGAGACAGAAACAAGAUCCUUCAUUCACAUAUGAAGUGAUCGUGGUUGAUGAUGGAAGUAAAGACCAGACUUCACAGAUUGCUCUUAAUUAUUGCCAAAAAUAUGGAAAUGACAAUGUACGAGUAAUAACACUGGUGAAAAAUCGUGGGAAAGGUGGAGCUGUCAAGACGGGCGUAUUCACUUCUCGAGGGAGAAAGAUCCUUAUGGCAGAUGCUGAUGGAGCCACAAAAUUUGCAGACCUUGAAAAAUUAGAAAAGGAACUUGGAAAUCUACAGCCUUGGCCUGAUCAAAUGGCUAUUGCUUGUGGAUCUCGAGCUCAUCUGGAGAAAGAAUCAAUAGCUCAGCGUUCCUAUUUCCGAACUCUUCUCAUGCAUGGAUUCCACUUUCUGGUGUGGUUCCUCUGUGUCAAAGAAAUCAGAGACACACAAUGUGGUUUCAAAUUGUUAACUCGAGAAGCAGCCUUGCUGACUUUUGCAAAUUUGCACAUUGAGCGAUGGGCAUUUGAUGUAGAACUUCUUUAUAUCGCACAGUUUUUUAAAAUUCCAAUAGCAGAAGUUGCUGUCAACUGGACUGAAAUUGAAGGUUCUAAGCUGGUCCCAUUUUGGAGCUGGCUACAGAUGGGCAAAGAUCUACUUUUGAUACGACUUCGAUAUUUGACUGGUAUCUGGAAGCUUGUAAAUACUCGAAAAAAAAAUUAGGUUAUUUACAUUCAUUGAGGAUAUUAAUAUGCACCAUUGCCAUUUCACUUGAGAUCAAAUAUUAAAUAAAACUGAGAUAAAGUUGUGGA